UGGAAGUGUGGGGCGGCUGGGCACCGCCAUGCAGUCCCUGGAGGUAGGUCUGGUUCCCGCUCCACAGAGGGAGCCGAGACUGACCCGGUGGCUGCGGAGAAGCAGUGGGAUCUUGGCGCACCUGGUCGCUUUGGGCUUCACCAUCUUUCUGACAGUGCUGUCCCGGCCAGGAACGAGUCUUUUCUCCUGGCACCCUGUAUUCAUGGCCUUGGCGUUCUGCCUCUGCAUGGCUGAGGCCAUCCUACUCUUCUCGCCUGAGCACUCCCUGUUCUUCUUCUGCUCCCGAAAGGCCCGGAUCCGACUCCAUUGGGCGGGGCAGACCCUAGCCAUCCUCUGCGCAGCCCUGGGCCUGGGCUUUAUCAUCUCCAGCAGGACCCGCAGUGAGCUGCCCCACCUGGUGUCCUGGCACAGCUGGGUAGGGGCUCUGACAUUGCUGGCCACUAGCAUCCAGGCACUGUGUGGGCUCUGCCUCCUCUGUCCCCGGGCAGCCAGGGUCUCAAGGGUGGCUCGCCUCAAGCUCUACCAUCUGACAUGUGGACUGGUGAUCUACCUAAUGGCUACGGUAACAGUGCUCCUGGGUAUGCACUCUGUGUGGUUCCAGGCCCAGAUCAAAGGUGCAGCCUGGUACCUGUGUCUGGUGCUGCCCCUCUAUCCAGCCCUGGUAAUCAUGCACCAGAUCUCCAGCUCCUACUUGCCAAGGAAGAAAAUGGAAAUGUGAAUUCCUCCAAACUGUGAAUCAAAAUGGGACACUUGACUUGGACUUCAGUGGUUCCUUUGGUGACCUUCAGGGAUCCACUUCAGAAGUGGUAGGGUUUUUGUAUUUCUUAGCUGGGCUAGGGGCUGCAGAAACCCAAACUGCUGUUGCUGACAGAUGACUCAGUGGGCCCAAAUGGGGAAAUGUACGGGGCGCAAGUGAAAGGUGAUGGGGAGCUUGAUCCUGAAGCCUCCACUCUUGAUGGGAGACAGAAGUGUUGGGUGGUGGUGCUGAUGGUACUGGCAGUCAUUUCUUGCUUGCAUGCCUGGUGAAAAGUUGGAUUCCUGUAACUUAUGAAUGACAGCUAUGGCUCUUUGGGUCACUUUGAGAAAGCAGUGUAGUGGAGAGAGCCAGUGGGUCUUGUUUAUGGGGUGUGGUCCUUGUACACGCUAUUGUGGGACCUUAUGCGAGUCACAUGUCUCAGGACCUCAGUGUCCUCGUCUGUGUAAUGAGUGAUUGUUUCUAAACAAUUUCUCUUAACAUCCAGUGUCUGUCAAGUUGAUGUCACAGAACACUCUCCCAGGUCUGAACCGUGGGUUGGCCCACUCAGCAGACUCAGAGUGUAACUCUUACAUUCAUUGUCUCCUUACCCCUCUGGAGGGACAGGUCUGCUCUCGUGGCCUUUCAGGAAUCUGUGCCGAUUUGGCCCCUGCACCAGGGGACAAGGGGUCAGGCACUGUGGAGAGAAGGGGCCCAGGUGAGGGUCUCCAGAACAUCAAGACAGUAAAGGCACUAAAGUCACUUUAAAACUUUUGGAGGAGCAAAAGGGCAUUGGCUUAACUAAGCCUUGGCUCGGCUUCUUAGCCCAGCUAAGGUCUUCCUUCAGCUCACUUCAGGAUCUGGGCUCGAGGGCUGCGAGACAUCCACUCUCAGUGGCAAAGUAGUCCUGAACAUCUCAUGUUUUGUCCUUCUUAGGGCUCAGGUCCUUGCCUUAGCACGUAGCUUCGUGGAGCUCUUCCGAAGCUGUUAGAACAAAAUAAGAGUCAAGGAAAUGGGGCAGGGCUCUUCUGAUCUAAGAGAAAACGAAGUGUCUCUGGAUCCCCUUCUCCCCUCGUCAGCUAAGCUUUCCUUAAGUGCCAUCUCUUGCCAGCUCUUUGGCCCAGGACGGGGCUGAAUUUGGUGCCAGCUGGCAAAUGAGGGCUGGGCUCUCUUCCCUGCAGAGACCCCUCCUUGUUCCAAACUGAAAGUAUCAGUAGUUCCCCAGACUGCCCUCGGUGAUAAGGGCUGGCUGCUAGAUUGGUUAACUGUCAUCUGGCUCAGUCGGGGAGCUGGGACCUCCGUAGACCAUGGCAAAUACUGAAAAUGGCUGAGCCAGGAAAUUGGUGUUAAUGCUGGUAGAGAGAGCUCAGUGGGAACUCUGGGAGGCCUGGGGUGUAGGGCCUGGAGCUCUAGGUCCCAGGAGCAGGAGGGGUAGAUGUUCCUAGAUAGCAAUAUUUUGGAUCUCUCAGGUCUUUAGAAGAUUCAAGACCUCCUCUCUGGGUGGCUCAGAAGCAGGGAGGUUGGUAUGAUUCAACAGUACAGGAGUGAGAACUGCAGGGACAGAGGGGUUCUCUGAGCGGACCUCGCUAGGAUCCUCCUGGGUCAGGUGUCAUCUCCUAGGAGCUCUCCAGACCCUGAGCAUCUCAAGGGGGACCCCUGCUAUGCAGAGGGUGAUGGUUCCUGUCUUUUUCAUUGCCCUCUCUCCCCUCUCCAACUCCUCAGUGUGUUCUGAACUUGGGAGAGAUGGUUGCUGGGGCUGCAUGGAGGAGAUUCUCACUGAGGGUCGCUUUGAUCAGGGAG